AUGGCAGACCACCUUCAAGUUCAAGAGCAACAAAAACUACUGAAUCUACCACCAGGGUUCAGGUUUCAACCGACGGACAUGGAGAUCAUCACCUUCUACCUGGUCCCCAAGGUGUUAAAGAAAGUCUUCAACACCAUGGUGGUCGGGGAGGUGGACUUGAACAAAUGUGAGCCAUGGGAUCUCCUAAAGAAGGUAAGCAUGGGUGAUAAGGGGCGAUACUUCUUCUCCCAGAAGGAUCUCAAGUACUCCACCGAGAUACGGACCAACCGGGCCACGAAGGCUGGCUAUUGGAAGGCCACAGGAAAGGACAAGGAGAUAGUCCACCCACCGACCAUGAGUAUCAUCGGCAUGAAGAAGACGCUCGUCUUCUACAAGGGAAGGGCCCCCAAGGGGGAGAAGACAAACUGGAUCAUGCACGAGUACAGACUCGAGAGCGGCAAGCAACCCACACCCAACUUGCCCACUGACAUCGUCAAAGCCACCACCAUUAACGCAUCUUCCAAGGGGGAGUAUGUGAUUUGUAGAAUCUUCCUUAAGAGCACUGGACUGAAGAAGGUGAUGAUGCCAUCAUAUGACAUGUCCAUUCCCGUGUCCAUGGGGGGAGAGCAACAACAGGGCUUCCUUGAAUCCACUACAUUGGAUCCUCUCAUGGACUACGACAUGUUAUCGUCACUGGCAUCGUCGCCUCUGUUGCCUACAACUUCUUUGGACCAGCCGCAUACCUUUGAGGCCGGAUCAUUUGUGAUGGGCAGUGCGGUGCUUCCAGUGAUGAACAACCACUACUUUGGGAACCACUACCAACAAAUGAUGGCCUUGCCAUAG